GCCGUCUGUACGUGUCGUACGUGGUUACAGACCUUGGUUUACUUCACGGCUGGACUCUGACAGGGAAACAUGCGGGCUCUACUCAUCCUCGCUGCACUCGGGCUGGUCGGGCCGGCUUACGGUCUGGACGACAGUGGGUGCGCGGCACUAGGCGGCACAUGCACAGACUACCGCUACACCACCUGUAAGGCUGGUUACGUCACCAGCAAGUGUGCCGGGGACGCUAACAGACGCUGCUGUCUCAACUGCGACGCCACGUGUGUGGCCCUGGACGCUAGCUAUGCCUCCAGUGACGGCGCGUGUUCUGCGUCAGGUGGAACCUGUAAGGUGACGUCCAACUACUGCUCGGGAUCUUACGUCAGCGGGAAGUGUGGCGGGCCGGCCGACAGGAAGUGCUGCGUGCCGUCUUCUGGCGGCCUCAGUAACGGAGUUCCCCUGGCGGACUACGCUGGGCUGAUAUCGGGUAUAACUUCCUGAUUGGAGAGGACGGCCGUGUGUACGAGGGUCGCGGGUUCGACCGGCAAGGCGGCCACACGCAGGGCUACAACAGCGUCGCCAUCGCCGUGAGCUUCGUCGGGGACUACAUGACCCGCCUCCCGAACCAGGCCGCUCUGGACGCCGCUAAGGCCAUCAUCGCUUGUGGCGUGCAGCUGGGUAAGGUGACGUCAGGGUACCGGCUGCAGGGUCACCGUGACGUCGGCAGUACGUCAUGUCCGGGAGACACCCUGUACUCCCACAUCCGGUCCUGGGCGCACUACAGCUGAGAACCAAGCAGAUGUGCGGGACAGGGCGUGCAAACUUAGCCUCUCUAACAUGGCUCUACGGAUCGGGCUUAUUUCCAUUUACAAUGAGCUCUUUCGUGUUGUAUAUCAUUUAUGGUUGUACGAAAAGAAACAGCUCACAAAAAGCAUAAAAUGAGUACUAUCAUAACUGUUACUAUUACAUAACCGGAAAAAAACAAAUCAUAAACAAAAAAAGCCCGACUAAGCACGCUCAGGAGGCCGAUAACUUGUGCUACCUGCCCUGUUUUCGCUUUGCCAUCUUCUGAACAUAAGGUUGGCCCAUUGUAUUGAAGAAUGUCGGUUUAGAGACUUAAAACUAGUUCCAAAAUAAACGGGAAUAAAUUCAA